AAGAGCGCAAUGAGUGCCAAGUUGUGAAGAGAGAAGGAAGGAAAAUAAAAUUUUUGUUGGGUUUUUCCAUAGAUUGGUAAAUUUGGAAGAAAUGGCCACUGCUACCAGCUUUGGAGGAACUCAACAAAAAUGUAUGGCCUGUGAAAAAACUGUGUAUCUUGUUGAUAAAUUAGCAGCUGAUAAUAGGAUUUAUCACAGGACUUGCUUUAAAUGCCACCACUGCAAGAAUACCCUUAAGUUAGGCAAUUAUUGUUCCUUUGAAGGAGUUUUGUAUUGCAGGCCUCAUUAUGACCAACUCUUCAAGAGAACUGGCUGUCUAAACAAGAGUUUUGAAGGAAUCCCAAAAAUCGCCAAACCAGGAAAACCUAUAGAUGUUGAGGUUGCAAACAAAGUGUCAAAUAAGUUUGGAGGCACAAGAGAAAGAUGUGUUGGUUGCAGUAAGACAGCCUACCCUAUUGAAAGGGUUACUGUGAAUGGAACACCAUAUCACAAGAGCUGCUUCAAGUGCAUUCAUGGAGGGUGUACAAUAAGUCCAUCAAACUACAUUGCGUAUGAGGGAAAACUAUACUGCAAGCAUCACCACAUCCAACUUUUCAAGGAAAGAGGAAAUUACAGCCAACUUGAAUCCGAAAAAAUCAUAACCGUUGAAAUUGCUGCUGAAUCAUGAUGAUCAAUUAAAUUGUCUUGUAUCAUAGUGAUUAAGGGUUGAUGUUUUGUUCUUCAUUUGUAAGAUUGGGUGUUAAUGUUGUUGCUACACUGAAUUUUUGGGUUUUUCUGUGAGAUAUCUUAAGAUGAAAUGGUGUAUUAAGUUUUGUUUAAUCAUCAUUUGCUUAAGAUAUAAAAAUAUAUGUUUUUGUACUUUGAGCUAUAUAUUUUUCGCUUGUUUGAAAA